AUGGCCCAGGAUCUUAAGAAUAUCUUCACCCUGCGCACGCCUGAAGAUGCCGCAAAGAUCUCGGCUCUGGCCCAGAAAGGUCAGAAGAUGAUCGAUGCUCGGCAUGAACAUCGGUGGAUGGAGACUGGAGUUCACCCGUGGGAGAUUCUCCCAACGGGAGACGGCUGGGCCCGGUUGACAACGGCUCGGGUGGAUCAUCCCGAGUGCGUGGUGGGAGGCUCCUUCAUCGGCAUGGAAGUGGCGAGUUCGUUAGCCAAAAAGGGCUGCGAUGUGGCGGUCAUUGCCAUGGAGACGGUGCCCUUCGAGCGAGUGCUGGGGAAGAAGGUGGGAGCCUCCUUUGCACGCAAGCUGCAGAAGGAAGGCGUGGAGUGGUUCGGCACCUCCUCCGUGCGCCUCUUCCGCGGCAACGACGCGGUGAACGGCGUGGAGCUGGAGGAUGGCGAGGUGUUGCCUGCGGAUGCUGUGGUGGUGGGUGCUGGAGUGCUGCCCAACACGCGUUUUGUGGAAGGCUUGUCCCUGGACAAGAACGGCGCCAUCAUCGUGAAUCCCUUGUUGCAAGCAGAGAACUGCGAGAACCUCUUCGCGGCCGGCGAUGUCUGCGCCUACCCUGCGGUGAAGACCGGACAGCGCGUGCGGAUCGAACACUGGGAUGUUGCCAUGCAACAGGGACGGGUGGCGGCCAACAAUAUGUUGGGCAAGUUCCAGCCCUUCACCACGACGCCCUUCUUUUGGUCAGGGCUCUUUGGCAACCUGAACUUACGCUUCGUGGGGCAUGCACCUGAAGCCUUAGAUCGUGUCAUCAUCGAAGGGGAUGUGAGCAACAUGGAGUUUAUCUCUUACUACACCGAGGAUGACGAGAUUCGUGCGGUGGCCACAGUGAACCGCGACCCCAUCGCCGUGGUGUGCGCGGAGCUGAUGCGACGGGGACGCAUGCCCAGCGUGUCGGAACUCAUGCUGGGCACAGUGAAUGCAGAGGUGCUAACUCAGUCUUCCAAAUUGACCCUGAAGUUGUUGGGCGACAAGAAGGCGACGCAAAGGGCGAAACUCCUUUUGGAGGUGCACAUCAAGCAUCAAUCACAGAUCCAAAAUUUCCAAGAUGUCAGGGAGAAGAGGUUGAAGGCAUUGGAAAACAAGCGAAAUCGUAUUGAAGGUUCUGGUUUCAAACAUUCCUGCGAGUUUACCGUGGAUGGCAACUUCAUUCCCCGCAUCAUUGGCAAGGGCGGCGAGACCAUUCGCGCCGUAAGGGAGAAGUAUGAUGUGAACAUCCGCAUCUUAGAGCCCGAGGAGAGCGGCGCCACGGGCGCCACGGGCGCCACGGCCUCGGGCUCCCGUGUGGUGCGCAUCUUCGGGAACAACGCGCAGAACGUGGCCAGCGCCCGGGCAGAGGUGGAAUACGUGGAGGAGGCGAUGUCGCUCGAAGGAGACCAAUACAACUGGCUGGCUGGGAGCAAAGGGAUGCGUAGCGUCUGGGCAUUCAAAGAAGCUGCUGGCUUGGUCUAUGCACGUUUGGACUAUGACAGCCAACAGCUGCUGUUGUGUGGUACUCGAUCUUCCGUGGAAGAUGCCAUCGCGCUCUUUGAGACCCAUUUCAUGUACUGCCCCGUCUUCCGUCAAAUGGAUGAGGAGAUGGAAAACAUCUUUGCAGAACUUGAGUCCUAUGGCGACUACGAUGCUCGCUGGGAGUCUUGGCAGGAAGAGCCCAAGACCAAGGGCAGUUGGGGCAAGGACCGAAACGACCGGAACGACCGAAACGACCGGGACAAAGAGAAGGACAGCCGCGGCUACUCAGGCAGCCAGAACGGCAGCGGACGAUGGGCCGACCGCGAGAGCAAGGACACUCAAAACGAGCGCGGUGGACGCUGGGAGAAGCGAAAGGCUGAACGAGGUGACGACCGAGAGCCUCAGGAGCCGAUCGAAGAUUCCACGACAGCUCCUGAGAGGUCCCAUUCAUCCAGAGAAGGCAAAGGUGGGAAGAAGCAAAGAGAAGUCGUCUUGGCGGAGCCGAAGGGUGCCAAGGGCGAGGCUGAACAGGGGAAGGCGACCGGUCGACGGCGGCCGCCUGUGGGUUCAGGAGAAGAUGGGGACUCGGUGAACGGCAGGGCAGUGAGACGCGGCAAGAUGGGCCUUCGCUCUUGA